GCGCAGUCGCUUGGACCCCCGGUGCGCGCCGCCCUCCGCCUCUACCGGCCGCGCGCCUCGGCUGACACGCACUUCCUGCGAGGCCUCCGUGCGGACCUUGGCUGAGCAGAACCGAGUUGAGCCCCUGUGAGCUUUUCGCUAUGGUGGACGAGCUGGUGUUGCUGCUGAACGCCCUCCUGAUGCGGCAUCGUGCGCUGAGCAUCGAGAACAGCCAGCUCAUGGAACAGCUGCGGCUGCUUGUGUGCGAGAGAGCCAGCCUGCUGCGCCAGGUACGUCCGCCGAGCUGCCCGGUGCCCUUCCCCGAGACGUUUAACGGCGACAGCGCCCGGCUUCCCGAGUUUAUCGUGCAGACAGCGUCUUACAUGCUUGUGAAUGAGAACCGGUUCUGCAAUGACGCCAUGAAGGUGGCAUUCCUAAUCAGCCUCCUCACCGGGGAAGCCCAGGAGUGGGUGGUUCCCUACAUCGAGAUGGAUAGCCCCAUCCUCGGUGAUUACCGGGCCUUCCUCGAUGAGAUGAAGCAGUGUUUUGGCUGGGAUGACGACGAAGACUACGACGACGACUACGACGACGGUUACUAGGCCCGGAGACCCUAGGGCCUAGGGGGGUAGGGCCCUGCACGUCGCCACCCUCCUCCUCCUCCUCUCCCUCACCUCCUCCGGUCUCCUUGCCAGCCACCGCACUCCUCCUCUCCCUCUGGCCCUCUUCCCUCCCUCUGCCUUCUGAUUCUCUCCCCAAUCCCCCCGUAGUGCUUGCCUUUGUUCAAAACAGUGCUCCAGUUACCUGCUGCUCUGAAGCGUGCCACCUGCCUUCCACUCUGGCCAGCCCCAGGACCCCUCCCCUGCGAAUAUGGACUGUGUCCUGAGCCCCAGCUGUAGGCCAGGUCCCUGUGACCAGUUGGACAGACCACCCACAGCCCUCCUGCUGCUGCAAGGCCUGCGUCUACCCAGAGACCUACGCUGCCACUUCACCACGGCACAUCACAUCCGGACAGACCACCACCUUUGGAGAUAAGGACCAACCUCUAAGCUGCCUGAGUUGACUACAGCUCCUUGGACAUUUAUUUGGACAGCUCACCAACCCCUGAAGGGGCCAGUCUUUCAGCCUGAUUCGUUUCCUACCUACUCCCAUGAUCCUCCCCUGCCCCACCAGAUGGCUGCAGGGGCCUGGUACACCUGGCAGCAGCAAAUUGUGACAUUUCUUUCCUUCUAUGCACCCAGUUUCACACAGUUGUCAUUUUUCUUCCAAAAUUGCAGCAGUUGCUCCCACAGAUACGUGUGUUUGGACAAAAAAAAUUCUAAGAACAAACCAAAUGAACAAAAACAGGCACUCAUCCCAGUUCCUCAAUGUUGCCUGGGAAAAACAUUUGCAUUCUUUUCAAUAAAUAUCUAGCACUACUA